AUGAACAAAGAUGAGGCUCACGACUAUCUCACGUCGCUCCUGAACCAGAAUCUGCGCGUCUACACCACAGACGGCCGCAUGUUUCGGGGGAGUUUCAAAUGCACGGAUCCGGAUAGGAACAUCGUGUUGGCAAACACGCACGAGUAUCGACAGCCUUCAGAAGGAGAGCGUAGUGCCGCUGCGGCAAAUGCUUCUGGCGGCUCGGUGACGCUGGAUAUGACGUCUCGCUAUCUCGGCUUGGUCGUUGUUCCUGGACACCAUAUUGUGAAGAUGGAGGCUGAGCAGUUUCUGAGCCAAAUGAAGUAA